UGCAUUUAUCGGAUGAAGUUCACUUUGGUGCUAUUCUACCUUGCAGUCACUUGCUUUCAAAAAGAACGGGGUUGUGCAAUCGGGCGAGAUUUUAGGAGGUCUAUUUUUCCUCUUCUGGGGCUCAUUCCUCCCGCUCUCCUUCCUUCGCUGCCUUCGCUCGGACACAUUCAGCCAUUUGAAAGAUCAACUAUAAUUCCCAGCAUCUCGUAACAUAUAGGCAAAUGGAGCAAACCUAUGGAGAGGUGAACCAGCUGGGCGGCGUGUUCGUGAAUGGGCGACCCCUGCCCAACGCAAUACGGUUGCGAAUUGUGGAGCUGGCUCAGCUCGGGAUCAGACCCUGCGAUAUAAGCCGGCAACUCCGAGUCUCCCACGGUUGCGUGAGCAAGAUUUUAGCGAGGUACAACGAGACGGGCUCCAUCUUACCCGGUGCCAUCGGUGGAAGCAAACCACGGGUCACAACGCCUAACGUUGUGAAAAAUAUCAGGGAAUACAAACAAAACGACCCGGGGAUCUUUGCCUGGGAGAUUCGGGACAGGCUUUUGGCGGAUGGAGUUUGUGACAAGUACAAUGUCCCGUCGGUUAGUUCGAUCAGCAGGAUUUUACGAAACAAGAUUGGAAAUCUCUCCCAGCCUAAUCAGUAUGAGAGCAGCAAGCAAGCCUCCGCGCAGGCCGGGCUCCCCUACAACCACAUAUACCCGUAUUCCUACCCCAACACCAUGUCACCUAAAAUGAGUAGCCCUCCUGGAGUACCGGUGACGCCUGGACACGUGAGCUUAUCCAGGCCCUGGCCUUCUGCACACACCGUCAGCAACAUUCUGGGAAUACGAGCCUUCAUGGAUCCUACAGCCAUUGCUGGGACGGAGGGAUAUCCACCAAAAAUGGAGGAGUGGAGUAGCGUCAACCGAGCAGCUUUUCCGGCGGCUCACGCAGUCAACGGGAUUGACAAAUCAGCCAUUGACGCCGACAUAAAAUACGCUCAGCCUUCCUCGACAUUGUCAGGUUAUGUCUCGGCGUGUGCCUACUCUCCCACCAACCAGUACGGUGUGUACAGCGGGUCAGCAGGCGGCUACGUGGCCCCGGGCCACCAUCACUGGCAGGCUCAGAGCCCGGCCCUGUCCCACCCAGGCAGCGGGAUGGGCAUGCAUGCGGGGGAGAUCCACUCGCCAAUGGCCUUCAAACACCAGCAGGCCCGAGAAGGAGACAGAAAGCCGCCCAGUCCCCUGAGCAAGCAGCAGCAACACGAAGACUUGAACAGUGUGCAUGGACUCAGUCUCCCUACCUCAUCAUCAUAACCGGCACUUAUUCCACCUUAAUUACCAGGCCCGUUUAAGGGAACACGUUUCAGCAGCUCCAACAGUAAGUCUGAACACCAGUGGCUUGAUCCUCCGGGUGUUUGUAGCUGACAGCCAAACACAGGCCUGUUCACAAUCAUUACGAGUACAGACUAACCUUUUCGGCCUUCAUGGCCAUUUGAAUGUAAGCUUGCAUAGAUG